AUUUUUUUAAUUUGAAUCAUUUUAAUUGAGCUUUAUUCAUUUGACUAUCUCUAAAUUAUAAUCUUAACAUAAUGACGUUGUACCCCUGAAAUGUAAUUUAAUUAUCAGAUAACGCUAGAAUGGUAUAUGAACUUGUUUAUAUUAUAAAUGCUCGAAGUGAUAGUUAUAUUCACCAAUAGCAAUAUGUACUGAAAAUAUCAACAAAAUGAUGAAUAUAUUGAGUUAUGUUUAUUAUAGUAGAUGCUGGUAGAUACAAACAAGAUUCUUUACCUAACUGCAAUUAGUGCGAAUUGAUCAUUAAUAGAUCACGAAUAGAUUGUUAUUUGAAGUAAGAAAAGAUUGAACAGACUUCUAUUUAUGGUGAAACUAAUCAGUGUGUAAAAGAGGUUAUACACUUGUACACAGAACAAUUCCCAUAAAAAGUUCAAAGAAACCGGUAGUAUUUAGAAUAAAAAAACACAAACGUACGAGACAAAUGUGAAAGAUAUUAUUGUUACAAUUAACCAAAAUCCGCAUAUAAGAAUCUGAAGAUUAUUAAACUAAAGUUUGUUUCAAAAUUAAUAAAAAUCUAUAUGCCAUGGCUUCAGCUUCAAGUACAAGUGCUCGAAGCUUAUUUGUUGAGUCAAAAAUGAGAUUGGCUGAUAGAGUACAAGUUAAUGUAAACAAUAUUGCAUCCCUUGCAAGACAAAUACAAAGAGGUUCAAAAAGCAGUGAGAUAUUAAUGCACAGUGCAAAAAAUUUUGCACAACAAGAGCAUAGUCUAGAAACUGCAGAGGCUAAUCUAAAGAAAAUUGCUCUUCUAACCACUCAUUUAGAAUACCAAAUGGAAUCUAUCAAUAGAAGUUUUAUAACUUUAGAAGAAGUUACUGAACAAGUACGUUCUAUGCAAAGAUAAAUUAUAAUAAAUACUUACCCUAUAUCUUUAUUUAUAAUAUAUAAUUUUUCAUAUAUUUUACACUUUUGUAUCAUAUUAUUACUAAUUAGGUGUAUAAUUGUGUAUUUUAGAACUAUUUCUUUUUUCAAUCAUAUAAAUAAUUUAAGGCUUCUAUAUAAUAAAAUUUAAUUUCACAAAUAUUUAUUGUAUUACUAUAAAAUGUUAAUUAAGGUAUUUAAUUUUACAAUGAAUUUAAAACUACGUUCUCUAUUAUAUUCCUUGUAUUGUUAUUAUGAUAUAUAAUUUAUGCUUAAAAUAUGUCUUUCAAAUGAUUUACAAUACAUAAUUAUAAUUAAUGUUAUAAAAAUUAUAAUCAAUGUAUCAUCCUGAUAACAUGAUCUGUUGUUUGAUUUUAUUUAAAAUUUAUAAUCUCAAAAUUUUUUAAGAGAAUAAUUUGUAUUAAUAAUGCACUAAAGAAUUCAUGUUAAAUUCUUUGUUAUAUAUUUAAUAAAUGAUUAAAGGUUGUGAA